GGGAACUCUUUCAACGCACAAGAAUAAUCAGUACCCUCCUGCCUUCAAGCCAAACGAACUAAAAAGCAAAAAAAGAAAAAGAUUCCGUCUUUCCUUCGCGACUCUCUACACUGCAUAUUUGUUAAGCAUCUGUUCUUUGCCUCUUUUUCGUUUUUACGUCUCCUUUUUUCGUUCUUUUCUUUUUUUUUCCGGCACCUUCGCGUCUUCCCACAAAAAUUCUUUUGCAUCCGAAGUUAAGUGAAGAUCAUCAAAAACUCCACAAAAAAAAACCUAAACCGAGAAUAACAGCAGAACACGCGUGUCCAUCACGAUUGUAACCGUCGUUUUUGGUGUUUUUUUUUAACCUCCGUUUUUGACUCGUUCUAACGUGUCAUCAAAUACACACACAAAUACAUUUUCUUUUUUUCUGUUUGAUCUGUAGCUCCGUGCUUCCGUCCGGUCUUUUUUUUCCCCCUUCUCCCUUUCUCUCCAUUUAUAUAAUAUAUAUUUUUUUUUUCUCUAAUCUUACACAAAAAGAGUUAAACGAUGGUCGACGGUAAGACUUCUGCGUCUGUGGUGGCUGUCGAUGCCGAGCGCGCCGCCAAGGAGCGCGACGCGGCCGCCCGCGCGAUGCUGAUGGAGGGCGGUGACGCCUCUGCUAGAGGCAAGACCCAGUUCUUGAAGAAGGGUCUCGCCCACACGGUGCCGUACACCCUCAAGAUCGUCGUGGAAAACGGCGGCGCACUCGAGAAGGCGGGGGAGGACUCGGAGGAGGUGCUCCAGGCAACCUUCCAGAUGAUCGACUCCCUUCUGAACGUAUUCAACCCGAACAGCGAGCUCUCCCGCAUCAACGGCAUGCCUGUUGGUGAGGUGCACCAGAUGUCGGCUGCGCUGAAGCGCGUGAUGGGCUGCUGCCAGCGUGUGUACAACUCCUCCCGCGGCUCCUUCGACCCGGCCGCCGGCCUCAUCGUGCGUGAGCUGCGCGAGGCCGCGCGUGCGGGCAAGACGGUGCCGCAUGAGCGCAUCAUGGAACUCGCCAAGAAGUGCACCCUGAACAACAGCUUCAACAUGGACCUGAACAACGGCACCAUUUCACGCAAGCAUACGGAGGCCACGCUCGACCUCGGCGCCGUGAACAAGGGCUACGCGGUGGACUUCGUCGUGGAGAAGCUGAACGCGAUGGGUUACGAGAGCGUCUUCUUCGAGUGGGGCGGCGAUGUGCGCGCCAGCGGCAAGAACCCUUCCGAUGAGUACUGGGCGGUGGGUAUCGUGCGUCCGCCUGCGCUGGCGGACAUCCGCAAGGUCAUUCCAGAUGACCAGAAGACCUUCAUUCGUGUGGUGCGUCUGAACAACGAGGCCCUCGCGUCCAGUGGCGACUACGAGAACCUGAUCGAGGGUCCCGGCUCCCGCCUGUACGCGUCCUCCUUCAGCUGGGAAACGAAGAACCUGCUGGAGCCGUCGGAGACCAACAUGGCCCAGGUUACCAUCAAGUGCUACAGCUGCAUGUACGCCGAUGCCCUGGCCACCGCGGCGCUGCUCAAGAACGACCCGACGACGGUGCGCCGCAUGCUGGAUAGCUGGCGUUACGUGCGCGACACCGUCACCGACUUCACCACCUACACACGCGCAGAUGAGCGUGUGGCGAAGAUGUUCGAGAUCGCCACGGAGAGCCACGAGAUGCGGGAGAAGCGCAUCAGCGGCUCCCUGCCAGCUCGCGUGGUCGUCAUUGGCGGCGGUCUGGCCGGCUGCUCGGCGGCCAUCGAGGCGGCCAACUGCGGCGCCCAGGUGAUUCUGCUGGAGAAGGAGCCGAAGCUCGGCGGCAACAGCGCCAAGGCCACGUCCGGCAUCAACGCGUGGGGCACCCGCGCUCAGGCCAAGCAGGGCGUCAUGGACGGCGGCAAGUUCUUCGAGCGCGAUACGAACCGCUCCGGCAAAGGCGGCUACUGCGACCCCGGUCUGGUGAAGGCGCUCUCAGUGAAGAGCGCCGAUGCCGUGAAGUGGCUGUCCGAGUUGGGCGUCCCACUGACGGUGCUCUCGCAGCUCGGUGGCGCCAGCCGCAAGCGCUGCCACCGUGCGCCGGACAAGUCCGACGGCACCCCCGUGCCGAUCGGCUUCACGAUCAUGAAGACGCUGGAGACCCACAUUCUCACCAAGCUCAGCCGCCAGAUCACCGUCAUGACAAACGUGCGGGUCACCGCCCUGGAGCACCGCAGCAGCCAGCGCUCCGACGGCGUGGUGCUGAAGACGGUCACCGGUGUCCGCAUCCAACAACCCAACGAGACGCCGAUGACGCUGAACGCCGAUGCCGUCAUCUUGGCCACCGGCGGCUUCUCCAACGACCGCAGCGCGGCGUCUCUGCUGCAGGAGUACGCGCCGCAGCUCUCGUCCUUCCCGACGACGAACGGCACCUGGGCCACCGGUGAUGGUGUCAAGAUGGCGCGCGAGCUCGGUGUGGCGCUGAUCGACAUGGACAAGGUGCAGCUCCACCCCACCGGUCUGAUUGACCCGAAGGACCCGGCGAACAAGACGAAGUACCUCGGCCCCGAGGCGCUGCGCGGGUCGGGCGGUGUUCUGCUCAACGGCCAAGGUGAGCGCUUCGUGAACGAGCUGGACCUGCGCUCCGUCGUGUCGCAGGCGAUCAUCGCCCAGGACAACGUCUACCCGAAGUCGGGCGGCAGCAGGUUCGCCUACUGUGUGCUGAACGAGGACGCUGCGAAGCUGUUUGGCAAGAACGCCCUCGGCUUCUACUGGCACCGCCUCGGCCUCUUCGAGAAGGUGGAGAACAUCCAAGCCUUGGCGAAGCUGAUCGGCUGCCCCGAGGCGACCCUGGUGGCGACGCUGAAGAAGUACGAGGAGCUCUCCUCCAAAAAGCUCCACGCCUGCCCGCUGACCGGCAAGAACGUGUUCCCGUGCGUGGUCGGAACGCGGGGCCCGUACUACGUCGCGCUGGUCACGCCGUCCAUCCAUUACACGAUGGGCGGUUGCCUCAUCUCGCCCUCGGCGGAGGUGCAGGCGCUCGACACCACCGGCGUCGCCCCGGUCCGCCGGCCCAUCCGUGCGCUCUUCGGUGCGGGCGAGGUGACUGGCGGCGUGCACGGCGGCAACCGCCUCGGCGGCAACUCGCUGCUGGAGUGUGUCGUCUUCGGCAAGAUCGCCGGCGACCGCGCGGCCACCAUCCUGCAGAAGCAGAAGACGGCGCUGUCCAUGACGGAGUGGAAGACGGUUGUGCUGCGUGAGGUGCGCGAGGGCGGCGUCUACGGCACCGGCUCCCGUGUGCUGCGUUUCAACCUGCCCGGUGCGCUGCAGACGACGGGGCUCGCCCUUGGCCAGUUCAUUGGCAUCCGCGGCGACUGGGAUGGUCAGCAGCUGCUCGGCUACUACAGUCCCAUCACGCUGCCCGACGACGUCGGUGUGAUUGGCAUCCUCGCGCGCGCCGACAAGGGCCGUCUAGCGGAGUGGAUCUCUGCCCUGCAGCCCGGCGAUGCGGUGGAGAUGAAGGCGUGCGGCGGCCUCGUGAUUGAGCGGCGCUUCGCGGCCCGCCACCUCUUCUUCCGCGGCCACAAGAUCCGCCGUCUGGCGCUCAUCGGUGGUGGCACGGGUGUGGCCCCGAUGCUGCAGAUUAUCCACGCCGCGCUGAAGAAGCCGUUCAUUGACAGCAUCGACAGCAUCCACUUCAUCUACGCUGCGGAGGACGUGUCGGAACUGACGUACCGCCAGCUGCUGGAGAGCUACGAAGCUGUGUACGGCUCGGACAAGUUCAAGUGCCACUUCGUGCUGAACAACCCGCCGGCGCAGUGGACCGACGGCGUCGGUUUCGUGGACGGCGCACUUCUGCGCUCGGCCGUGCAGUCGCCGUCGAACGACUUGCUGGUGGCCAUCUGCGGUCCGCCGAUCAUGCAGCGCGUCGUCAAGGGCAAUCUGGCUUCCCUCGGUUAUAACAUGAACCUGGUGCGCACCGUAGACGAGGCCGAGCCCGCGAAGGCUAAGAUCUAA